AUGACAGCUUCAGUGCUCCUCCAUCCACGCUGGGCCGAGCCGGUGAUGUUCCUCUACGACAACGGCUUGGAUGAGAUCAAUAAAAACAUGGAAGGUUUUGCAGGGAGCAACUUUGCAGCGAACCAGUGCAGGAAUCUAAUGGGACACCCAGCAUCUCUGGCCCCCAGCAGUGCCUACUCCUCCAGUGAGGUGCCAGUGUCUGGCAUAGCUGAACCUGUUAAGCAAUGCAGCCCCUGCUCCGCAGUGCAGAGCUCCUCCAGUGCCAGUUUGCCCUACGGAUACUUUGGCAGCGGAUAUUACCCUUGUAGAAUGACACACCACAAUGCCAUUAAAUCUUGCUCGCAGCCAUCCUCCUUUGCAGACAAAUACAUGGAGACCUCUGUCUCUGGUGGAGAAGAUUUCCCUUCUAGAGCCAAGGAAUUUGCUUUUUACCAGGGAUAUGCCACAGGACCUUACCAGCCGGUGCCAGGCUAUUUGGAUGUGCCCGUGGUGUCCACUAUUGGGGCGCCAGGGGAGCCGAGGCAUGAGCCUCUACUGCCCAUGGAUAGUUACCAGCCCUGGGCUAUUACCAAUGGGUGGAAUGGGCAAGUCUACUGCGCCAAGGAUCAAGCCCAGCCAGGUCACCUUUGGAAAUCCACUUUACCUGACGUAGUUUCCCAUCCGUCAGACGCUAAUAACUACAGACGAGGCAGGAAGAAGCGUGUCCCAUAUACUAAAGUCCAACUUAAAGAACUAGAAAGGGAAUAUGCUACAAAUAAAUUCAUCACUAAGGACAAAAGGAGGAGAAUAUCUGCAACCACCAACCUGUCAGAAAGGCAGGUCACUAUCUGGUUCCAGAACAGAAGAGUCAAAGAGAAGAAAGUCAUCAACAAAUUGAAGACCACCAGUUAA